UACUUCUCUUGGUUGUAUCAGAAACCGGCCUUGUCUAUACUUUUACCACACCAAAACUUCAGCCACUUGUCACAAAACCAGAAGGUAAAAAUUUGAUUCAAACAUGUUUAAAUGCUCCCGACAAUCCUCCUACAACAGAAUCGGCAGCACCGACACGACCAGCUCAAACUCCCCCGCAUCCAUCACCGAGCGGACAAAUAUCUACCCACAACAAUUACACUCAACAACUCGGUUUGAGCGGUUACUCCAAUCCCAACCAAUACAGCAUCCCUACUAAUAACCUACCGAUGAGUGGUGGACUCCCGACUAGUUACAUGUCCACGAAUUAUCAACCACAACACAGUCCUCCACAAUACAUUGGUCAACAGUAUUCGCCAAAUUCUACGUAUAUGCCUCCAAAUUACUGGACCGGCGGUGGGUCAAACGGCAAUGGAGGUACUAACGGAAAAUUGCAACAAUUCCCAAAUCAAUCCAACGAAAAGAAACAAUAG